AUACCCCCCAAAGAACUGCAAUUAUGCUAGCAGGGCUGUAGGAGCAUUGAACAGUUCUUUCCCAGUUCUUUUGAUUUUUGUUGCCUCUCCAUGCAUUCCCGUCCUGUUCAGAGCUGUGGGGUUUUUUUACAUUUUAUUUGUGGUGUGAAUAGUUCUGAGGAUAUUAGAAAAACGUGCGGAAGGUUCGCUCUGAGGCAUGGCUAUUUUUGUUAGAAGCUGAUACUUUAGACUGAGCUUUAAGUGUUGCCUCUGGAAGGCCUUGGGUUGCUCUGGGCGGCCAGGACUCUGCAGAGGAAACAGACAUUUCAGGGAGCAUAAAAGAAGAAGGAACACAAUUAGAAGAAGCAGAGGACCUCCCUCCUUCUCAUUCUGCAGCUCCUGCGAGAGUCAGCAACCCAGAAGUAUUAUCUCAGCUGCCACAGUAAAUCUUGACCUUUUAAACAGAGUAUCUCUUACCAUCAUGGCCGAGAUAACAGCAGAAGGACACAUGUCUACGACCACGACGAUAAUCGAUGGCAAGAACGGAUCCGUUCCUUCGUCACCCAUGAAAGUGGGCAAGAAGUCAGUGACAGAAGACCUCGUGACAACGUUCAGCUCGCCAGCAGCAUGGCUUCUUGUUGUUGCUCUGAUUGUUACCUGGUCAGCAGUAGCUAUUGUAAUGUUUGACUUGGUGGAUUACAAAACCUUAGCAGGUAUAGCCACCUACUCACAACAUUGCGAUGAUCCCUGUUUCCCACCUGGAAGAUCUGUUCACAAGCUCAGCACAGAACCACUGAGAAUCAUUCAUGAGACACUGGAAGAGUCUUCUGAUUGGAUUUAUGGCUUUUUUUCUUUGCUGUCUGACAUCGUAUGGAGUGAUGAUGAUGACAGUGAUGAAGGUGAAGUGGAACCUUCCCUGAAAAAAGAAAUUCAAAAAGAGAAAACGGAGAGACCUGAAAAACGAACACCAGCAAAGGCAACACACCGAGACAAACCUGAAAAACAAGAAAAAAUUGAGAAGAAGGAACCCCCAAAGGUGACAAGUAAAGACAAACUGGAAAGACAAGAAAAAGCUGAAAAAAAGGAAAAACAUGCAGCUGUUCACAAAGAGAAACCUGAAAAGCCAGAAAAACAAGAAAAGAAAGCACCAUCUAAAGUAAGUCAAAAAGAUGCACCUGAAAGACAUGAAAAAGCUGAAAAGAAACCUCCUCCCAAAGAGGAGAAGAAAGUAAAGAGCACUAAAGUGGAAGCAAAAGUUAAAAAGGAAGUGAAGGAUGGAAAAGGAGAAGCAAAGACGGCAGAGAAGGUCAAGAAGGCAGAGACAAAAGCAACAGAAACUGGGCUAAUAAAGGCCAAAACGAAAGUUAAGGAGGAGAAAGCUCUUCAGACUGUAACUAAAUCGGACAAGAAAGAUCAAUAUGCAUUCUGUCGCUAUGUGAUUGACAUGUUUGCGCAAGGGGAUUUUUAUCCAGGUGCGGGACAUAAGGAAUUCGUACCACCUCGUCUGCUUCUAGAACACAGUCCAAGAAAGAAACCAGCAGCUAUUGAAGAAGAAAAGUCUAUUGUGGUACCUAGAGAAGUGAAAAAGAGAAAAGAGGAAAAGAAAAAGAGUGAUGAAAAGAAGACUACAACCGAAACUAAGAUGAAAGAAAAAACAGGAAAAAAGGAGAAAGCUCAUGAGAAGACAGCUGUCCCUGAAAUUAAAAAAGCAGAUAAAAAAGAAGCUGCUGUAUCCAAAGAACUCAAAAAGCCAGCAAAAGCUCCUGCAGCCAACCCUGCCAUCAAAAAAGCAGCAGCACCAGGCAAAACACCAAAGAAAGAAGCAAAAGUACAUGCAUCUGUGGAAACUCCAAAGUCAAAAGAAACAGAGACAACUAAGCCUCCUGAAUCUUAUUUCAAACACUGGCUCAACAUGGCCAGGCUUCCUAUUUAUACAGACCUUCAAAGUGACAACUAUUACCUUGAUGAUAAAAGACCUCUCAGUAUCACCAAAGUAGCUCAUGCCUCUCCUCUGAAAAAGCAAAGGGAAUAA